AUGACGCAACGCAGGACAACUCGAUCUCGAGACGAAUUUACACCUGUGAUUGACCGCAAACAAGCUGCCGUUACCGGAGCAUCGUCUGUGUCCCGGUACUUGUUCGAUAUUUUCUCCCUAGCAUUGCGACUACUCCGCAAACCGCUUGGCAUACUCUUAUUCAUCUGGUCCUUGGGCAUUCUCUUCACAUGGAUGGCGCAGACCUUCCGCAUGGUCUUCUCACCGGUUUGCAUCAUCCCCGGGAUCUCCAGCUCUGCACUGUGCCAGAGAAUUAUGCCCAUCAUUGAUAACUGCCCGAAAUGGGCAAACUUCACUCAGCUUGCUGAGAUCCAGGGUGCGACGUUCGAGCAGUUGCUGGACGAGUCGGUCAUCGGUUCUGGCUUAAGUUUCGAGAUCAAGAAAGCGGAAAUGGCGACGAGCGAUCUUGUCACGCUUGUGCACCAUAGCGAUCUGGUUAGCAGGGAACUUCUGGCAAAGUCCUUGGGCGAUUUUGUGGACAAUGUGAGGAAGACGGGACGGGGUUUGCAUAAAUUGAGCUCGAAAAUCGGAGGAGCCGUGGAUAGUGUCAUGGCUGUCAACAACCUUGCAAUUCGCGCCAUCGAAGCAGCGAAUGACAAGUCCUCAUCAGGUUUAUUGAACAUUUGGCCAUUCGCUCCCUCCGCUACCUCUGCUGAGACACGAGCAAUCAUCCGGCAGACUUUCACGGACUGCAUGGACGUCCUCGCGAAUCAGAUCCAUCGAGUCGUCCUCGAGGCCGAGGUGGACCUUGUGAACCUCGAACGCCUCGAGGAGCACCUCAGAACCAUUUAUGAAGUAAUCACUCACGAGAACAACACUAUCUCAGCCGAGUAUGAUGAGCUGCUUGCCUCUCUGUGGACCUUGCUCGGUGGAAACAAGCGCAAGCUGAAAGGGCACCAACAGCAUCUGGUGCUACUGAAGGGACUGGGUGCGUACCGCAGACGAGCACUCGCAUACGUCACGGUUGCACUGCAGACACUGCGUGCACUGAGUGCAGACAUGGAGGAGUUACGUGAGAGGGUGGCAGCACCAGAUAUCCUUGGUGAUAGGGUUCUAGUGGAAGUGCAUAUGCACGCUAUCCGAGCCGGGCUUGAUCGCUUGAAGAAGGGACAGAUGAAGGCACGAGAGAGGGAGAGGGAGAUUUUUCGUGGUAUCCUCGGUUCGGACGCGCCGGCGUUGAAUGAAUGA